GCGAAUUGUGCGAGCCGUGAGGCUUACCGUGGCGAUCCGGCGCAAACUGAAGGCACCCGUGCUCUCUGCUUUCCUCAAUUCGCUCUUCCUCCGGGAUGUGAGGCGCAUAGUAGGUUGUCUUCUUAUCUUCCAAAGGAAGAUGAGCAUGAUAUGGAAGUUGAUACUGCUACCUCUUCGCUUCAAGCUCCUGCAAAACAUCCAUUGCCGGAGCUGGAAAUCUACUGCUACUUGCUUGUCUUGAUAUUUCUGAUUGAUCAAAAGAAGUACAACGAGGCAAAAGCUUGCUCAUCUACAAGCAUUGCUCGGCUGAAAACGUGAAUAGGAGGACUGUUGAUGUUCUAGCUGCUAGGCUUUACUUCUACUACUCUCUCAGCUAUGAACUUACUGGUGAUCUUGCCGAAAUUAGAGGGUAAUUUCUUUUUCGCUAUUUUCCUUUUUAAAGAAAUCCUAGUGUGCCGUGGAUUGUGUUCUUAUUCGGAAGAGAAGCACAGCAUUAGAUUCUAUCUAGUCUGACAAAAAUGCUGAUUACUGACAGUAACCUUCUUUCCCUGCACCGAAUUGCAACAUUGCGUCAUGAUGAGAUGGGACAGGAUACACUUCUCAACCUGCUGCUUCGCAAUUACCUCCAUUACAAUUUGUAUGAUCAAGCAGAGAAACUGAGGUCAAAGGCACCAAGAUUCGAAGCACACUUAAACCAGCAGGCAACUCUCUGUUUACCAUAUCUUUUUAUUUUUAGUAUUAUAUCUCAUAUGAAAUUAUUUCUCACAUUGUUUGAAUUAGACUUGUGGAAUUUUCCACUGU